UGUACACAGCUAUAAUUUAGUUUUAUAUAUACAUUGAUUAGUACAUGUUCUUAUAUAAUGGAUUUACAUAGAAUACAGUUAACUUUAGGAUCUGGAUAUAUAACAUCUAUUGGACUCGGAACUUUUACUUACUUCGGUAAACAUGGUAGUCUCGAUGAGAUUGAAGCUGCCGUAGGUGUUGCUGUAGAAGCCGGGUAUCGCCAUUUUGAUUGCGCAUGGGCUUACAGGACCCAGGGGGCAAUUGGUAAAAUGUUAGAGAAGAAAAUAAAUGAAGGUGUCAUUAAGCGAAAAGAUAUUUUUAUUACUACCAAGUUAUGGAAUGCACACCACAAUCCAAAGCUCGUGUUGGAAGAAUUGAAGGACUCGUUAAAUCAACUACGAACAAACUACGUUGAUAUGUUUCUUAUACAUUUUCCGACUGGAGAGAAAGUUCCGUGAAUAUAUUAGUACACUUAUUUAUACAUCCAUUUCCUCAAAUAAGGUUUAAUAGAUUAG